AUGGGUUCUACCACUUCCAAACCCGAGAAAAAAGUGUUCACUCCUCAGGCACCUGUUGAUUUCAGUGCUUCCUUCUUGUCACAAUUGGAAAACAGCUCCGAAUCCGACUAUUCGAGAGCUCAGUACACCGAGAAGUACAUACAAGACAGAGUUGCACAAGAGGUGAAAAAAUUAGAAGCUGAAGCCAUUAAGCAUUUCCAACAAACCACUCAGGGCGCCAUAUUACCUGAGGAUGGUACACCUGUAGUUUCUGUGCCUUCGAGUAACGAAAAAAUCCAGCAUUUGAAACAAUUGAUCCAAAAAAAUAUAGCUUUAACUACGGUUGAAGUAACUGAAGAUAUCAAGGCCUCCAGAAAAUCUGUCAUUGAAUGUUUGAAACAUAACGAAGGUAAGCUGUUGAACUGUUGGGAUGAGGUGACCAAGUUCAACCAGUUGGUGAAGGAUUUAUAA